CCUGGAAUACGAUUUUUUUAUGAUCGAGUGAUUGUUAUUCAUGAUUAUAAGAAUGAUUUUGUGCGUCUUGAUUGUUACGUGUUGGGAUUAAGAUUUAUGCCUCGAAUAUGAUUCUUUUAUGGUGCCGAUCAAAAAAAAAAUGAUUCUUUUAUGGUCGAGUAAUUGUUUUUCAUGUUUAUAAGAAUGAUUUUGAGCGUCUUGAUGGUUACGAGUUGUGAUUAAGAUUUAUGCCUGGAAUAUCGUUCUUUUAUGAUUUAAGAUUGACAAGUUAGGAUUUAAAGGCGCUGUUUGAUAUGGGUGAUGAACCACGGAUGGAUGUAAACACGCUGUUUGAUAUGGGUGAUGUAGUUCAUGGUGAAUUCGCUGGCACUCAACACGCAGGUAGCCGAACCGAGUCCAAAUAUUUAUAAGAUUUACAGAGACUCAACAUAUGGCCAUUUUCUGGUUUCUUUGGUUAACAUGUAUUUAUCUAUUAACACCAAAUGUUGCUCCGGGGAUUGUUAUCUGAUGCAAACAUUACCAAGAACCAUUUCAAAUUGAAAACCACAAUCCACAAUUAAAAAAGAACCUAUCACUCAGCAAUGCAGAAAGUAAUUAAUCUAGCCAAGCUACACGUUCAAAAGCCAACAACUGUCUAUUGAUCCGCUUAGUUUGGUAAGCAAAAACAGCAUAGUUUUAUUCGUUCGUUAAAGCUGAAUGUUUUCAGCUAUUGAUCCGAUUUUUAGGCAUAGGCCCAUUAGAAUACCCUAAAUUUAUGUAGGAGACUUCUAUUCCGAGAAGGUUGCAAAAAAAUAGAGAGAAUUACCUAAUCUGUGUAUUACUAGUUUUAACAUAGAUACCGUCUAUAAAUAAGGACCUAGAGUUGUUGUAGAGAACACACGCAAAACACUAGAGGAAUAGGUCAGAAAACAAAUCAAGAGGAAGAAGCAACACCUAGGUCUGAAAUAAGAUCAGAGUUUUAUAUUUGCAGGUUCAGAAUAUGGCUAACGAGGACAAGGCUGAUGAUGGAAAUCUUGCCAAACGAGCCAAACAAUUCAGGCCUCCCUUGUCUCGUGAUAUUUUAUAUGGUGAAGAUAAUUGGAUAAGUUGGGUUCAGCAACCAUUUAAUCUUGCAGCGCUAAUAGAAAGGCGCAAUAAGGCUCGACAUAUGAACUGGAUUCAUGUUGCUAGUAUCUGUAAUGAAAAUGGAGUGUCAGGGUUCGGGUGUAUUAUCCGUGACUGUCAUGGUAUACCCAUUUAUGCGUAUUCUGAAUGUGUUACUGAUGAGACUGAGCCAGUUUCAGAAUUUUAUCUGGAGAUGAAAGCAGUGGACAAAAGUUUAGAAAAGGCCGAAAAACUCAAGUUCAAGAAUAUUGCGGUCAUUACAUCAGAGGAUACUUCCUAUGAACUCAAUGAUUGUGCCGUUGGGCAAGAUAUUAACGGCAGGUGGUGUGAAAGGGUGUUUGGUGUUUCUUCACGAAUCAAAGAAACGCUUACUCGAAUACAAUGUGAUCCCGAGGAUCAGAGAUAUGUUCAUUUUCUUCCAAGCGAAGGUGGUGAAUUAAGUAGUGCAUUAUGUCUGGCAGGACUUGCAGCCAGUGAGGGGAAGGCGACACUUGAAUUUUCAUUUGAAAAGGGUCUGUUGCCACUAGGAGAAGACAAAAUUGUUGACCUGCUGAGAUUUCUCCACACAGAAGCAACUAACACAGGCCCUUUUCAUCCGUGAAUGCGUUUUAACUCUCCGGUACUGAACCUGAUGCUUUAUCAACGCAACUGUUACUGCUUCGGUUUCUGAUAUGAGCUUCCCCAUCGAUGACGACUACGACAUAACAAUCAAUCAUUCAUGAAGGAUACGACACUUGUUUUAUAUUACCUUCCUGUAAAAGUUAAUAUUCUUGAUUUUUGUUUUUCCUGAUCCUCCGGCUCAAUGAGUUACAAAUUAUAUCAUCCCUAUUCCCUGGUUGCAAUUCUGACAUUAGUGAAAAGUGUGUUGUCGCCUAAGACCGGCCUGUAACUUCCCCCUGUAUGUGGCUGUGGCCAUCCUG